AAGUCCCUCUGAAUUAUGAUGAACAUACUGUAGUAAUCGAUUCUGAAGAAAUAUAUAUAAACGAUACCGGGUCAUGUAAUUUACAUUGUUCGACUACUUUAUCCACCAACUGUUCUCCUAACCGGUAACCGUCUCGGUUUUACAUUUAAAGCUUGCUAUCUUUCUGACAUCAUGCCUGAACUCAAAGUUGGAAUCAAUGGAUUUGGUCGCAUUGGUCGCUUGACCCUUAGAUGUGCACUCCAGAAAGGUGUUAAUGUAGUUGCUGUGAAUGAUCCAUUCAUUAGUCUGGAUUACAUGGUGUACAUGUUUUUGUAUGACUCAACACAUGGAAAAUUCAAGGGGCAAGUUGGACAGAAAGAUGGCAAACUUGAGAUUAAUGGACAUUUAAUUACAGUGUUUGCUGAACGUGACCCAGGUGCCAUCGACUGGAAAUCAACAGGUGCUGAAUAUGUUGUAGAAUCAACAGGAGUUUUUACCACAACAGAUAAAGCUAAUGUACACAUCAAGCAAGGUGGAGCAAGCAAAGUAGUCAUCUCAGCUCCCAGUGCUGAUGCUCCAAUGUUUGUCAUGGGUGUUAAUGAAAACAAAUACACAAAAGAUAUGACUGUGGUUAGCAAUGCUUCUUGCACAACAAACUGUCUAGCACCAUUGGUUAAAGUCAUCAAUGAUAAUUUUGGCAUUGUUGAGGGGCUAAUGACCACAGUACAUGCUACCACUGCAACACAAAAAACUGUUGAUGGCCCCAGCAACAAAGAUUGGCGUGGUGGUCGUGGUGCUGCACAAAAUAUUAUUCCAUCCUCUACUGGUGCUGCCAAGGCAGUGGGUAAAGUUAUCCCAGAAGUCAACAACAAAUUGACUGGCAUGGCUUUUAGAGUUCCUGUAGCUGAUGUUUCUGUUGUAGAUCUUACAUGCAGGCUUCAGAAUGGAGCUUCCUAUGAAAAAAUCAAACAAGCUGUUAAGGAUGCUUCAGAGGGACCUUUGAAAGGUAUUUUGGGUUAUACAGAAGAUGAAGUUGUCUCCCAGGACUUCUUGGGUGACUGCCGCAGUUCAAUCUUUGAUGCUAAAGCUGGCAUUGCAUUGAAUGAUAACUUUGUGAAACUAGUUUCAUGGUACGACAAUGAAUAUGGCUACAGCAACCGUGUAGUUGAACUUAUUCAACACAUGUUCAAGGUGGAUCAUCAAUAAAUACAAAUAGUCCUUUACUGUAAAACAGAGCUUUGUUUCAAUGUACUUUUAACAUGUUUGAUGUAUUUAUUUCUAGUUUAUUCCCCCCUUUUAAAAGCUUUACAAGUUAGAAAGCUUGUAAUUGCUAUUACUUAAGUGAAAUGUUACCUUAAUUUCCAUUUUCAUAGAAGUUCUCUUUUAAGUCAUUAUUUGUGAGAUAGUUGCAAGUACAUACUAGUUAAGCAACCCUAGCCAGGAAUAGAUAAGAGAUGAGGAACUAGAGUUGAAGCCAUUUAAAGGAUUGGUCAUACCAUUUUCAGUGAUAAUGUAUUUUUGCUUGAAUUAAAUUUUUUUUUAUUAAACAA